AACUAUGGAUUAUCAGCAGUACUUACACCUAAGAUCUUCCGUAUAAAAACUUUACGAUAUAUCAUAAAAACAAAAUUACGCGAUACAAUAUCACUUCAAAGACAACCCUAUGACAUCUUCUGCAACGUCUUGCACCUGAUCUUAUCUUUGAACACAGAGCUGGCGAUCUUCAGAAAUUGUCACAGCAAUGACAGGGCACGUAUUACAAGAAGUGGUUCUCAUCUGCACGUUCAUCAGUUUCUUCUUCAUACCAAUGUCCGGAGGAGCAUUCAUUUCGAGUACAGGUCCGUGUCCACAUGGAUAUAAAGAGGGUGACACCUGGUCGGCCGGGAUCAGAUGUGGAGGGUGUAGCUGUCAUGCCAAUGGCUGGAACUGUGUGACGUGUGCAAGGUCAGAUCUAGGGUUACGUGUUGACUGUUACGAAAUCUAUAAUCCAAAUGCGUCAUUCCCAGACUGUUGCCCCACUAGAGUCUGUAAGGGAUACGAGAAUUUCAACCAAACUCAACUCGACCUCUUUGGCAAAUAGGAAGUCUUUAUAGUCGGAUCUACUCAAGUAUUAUGCAAUAAAGCAUUAAAUUAA